AUGGCAUCAAUGGCCGCGCCCGCACAGCCAGUACAAACAGACCCCCCCGCCCCCAUAGACGCCAACAAAUACCGCGGCGCAACCGUCGAAGACCUCGACCUCCCCCCCGCCCUCUCCAUCACGCCCACCACGCCCAUCGCCACCGCCCUCGCAAUGUGCUACGACCGCGACUACUCGCAGCUCACCGUGGUCUCCCCCAGCACGCGCGCCCUCCUCGGCUACCUGUCCGUUCCACGCCUCAAGGCGCUGCUCGCCUCGCCCGCCGCGGGCGUCAAGGAGACCGACACGGUCGACAAGGCCAUGCACCGCUUUGAUCGGCGCAAGGGAGUCAAGGUGUACAAGGUGAUCACGCCGAGCACGGGGCUCGAGGAGCUCGAGGAGUUUCUGAGGGGGGAGGAGUUUGCGGUUGUGACGGAUGCGGGGCGGAGGUUUGUGUUGGGCGUGGCGACGAGGGGGGAUUUGGUGGAGUUUGUUAGGAGGAGGCCGGGGUAG